AUGGACCGGUUGUGCAGCUCUAAGGACAACCCAGACUGGAACACUGCACCCAAAGCUAAGAGAAUGAGCGCUCUGCAGGUUCUGCCCUGCACCGUGUCGCAGCUGCUGGGCUCCUCUCUGCUCCAACACGAGGCCUUUGCAAUCGGGGACCUGGAACUCCACCAGGUGUCGGUGGUGGGCAUAGUCCGCAGCUCUUGCCCUUGUGCCACUUAUAACCAGUUCUGUGUGGACGACAUGACCGGGCCGCCCCUGACCGUCCGCCAGUGGACCAAUACAGACUCGGAGUCGUCUGAUCCCCUGGAGCCAGAGCCAGGAGUGUAUGUGAAAGUGCACGGCAGUCUGCGUGAGUUACAGGGUCAAAAGUCUCUGAUGGCCAUGAGAAUCCGCCGUGUCUCAGACCUGAACGAGAUCACCUCCCACAUGUUAGAAGUGGUGUACGCGCAUCAGCAGCUCUUUGGGAAGGGUUGUGACGUGAACAUGAACGUGUUACCACAAACACAUAAAGGAAGCAACACAGCUGGCUUUUCCAUUGUUCAGGGCCAGGUGCUGCAUGUGAUCCAGCAGCACUCUGGGAAGAGCGAGGGCAUCCACCUCCAGGACUUGGUCACUCUGCUGGACUACAUCAAUGAGACGGACAUAAGGAAGUCCUUGGCGUUUCUCACAAACGAAGGUCACGUCUUCUCCACCAUCGACGACAAUCAUUUCAAAUCCACAGAAUGUUAG